CGAGUGCAGAAGUGCACAAGCGACAGCGCUGCAGGCAGCAAGGGGGGGGGGGGCAGCCAAGAAUGCCGGAAAGCGAUGCGCAGCAGGCCGCGGAGGCGAGCAGAGCAGAGCAGACCCCCACCCCCCCUCAGACGAGACACAAUACCUCCGGACGGCAAGCCCCAAACACCCACACCACACUUCCGUGACGGCGCUGGACCAACGAGACGGACGGGAAGAGAACGGGAAAUGCCAGAGCAGAGCCCAGGAGGACCGCGGAGAGACGAGCAGCAUUGAAACAGCAGGCCAGGCAAAGAAGCCACAAGGACCAGGUAAGGACAACCAGAAAUAG